ACAAUCGACGGCGAAUAAAUAAACGAUGCUCCUCCGCAUCGGCCUCGCCGUCGGCUCCUCGCUCCCCCUCCCUCUCCCCCCGAUCCCGCCGCUCCUGCCCCACUCCUGCCGCCUCCUCUCCCGCCGCCGCGCCCUCCUCCUCCUACCCCACGCGAGCUCCGCCCUCAGCUCCUCCGCCGCGAUGGCCGCGCCAACGCCGGCGGCGCCGGUGGCCAGGAAGGUGCCGCGGAAGCUGGCGGAGCACGGGGACGUGCGCGUCGACGACUACUACUGGCUCCGCGACGACGCGCGCGCCGACCCGGCCGUCCUCGCCCACCUCCGCGCAGAGAACGACUACACCGCCGCCCUCAUGUCCGUGGAAUUCCUCCGCUUAUGCUGCGGGGGCGGUUGUAAUGUUAUGGGGCUACGAUGUAUAGUAUGGUUACACAAGUUAGGAACUGAUCAAUCGGAUGAUACAUGCCUGUAUCAUGAAAAGGAUGACACAUUUUCACUUGGUCUUCAUGCUUCUGAAAGCAAAAAGUAUUUAUUUGUUGGAUCUGGAAGCAAAAAUACAAGUUUUAUAUUUUACCUAGACAUACCCAGUCAGAGCAAGGAGCUCGCAGUUUUGACACCUCGUGUAGAUGGCAUUGAUACAACAGCAAGUCACCGUGGAAACCAUUUCUAUAUUACAAGGAGAAGCGAAGAAUUCUACAACUCCGAAUUGGUUGCUUGCCCGUUGAAUAAUGUAGCUGAGACUACUGUCUUGCUACCGCAUAGAGAAAGUGUGAAAAUUCAGGAUGUCCAACUCUUUGAGAAUCACAUUGCUGUAUAUGAGCGUGAGAAUGGUCUACCAAAAGCAACUGUCUAUCGCCUACCAGCCACUGGAGAGGCAGUUGGGCAACUUCAGGGAGGACGGGCAAUUGAUUUUAUUGAUCCAGCAUAUGCAGUGGAACCUGAGCCAUCACAGUUCCAUUCAAAUGUUGUUCGCUUUUAUUAUAGCUCAAUGAGGACGCCACCCUCUAUCUUUGACUAUGACAUGGAUACGGGGGUGUCGGUAUUGAAGAAAAUCGACACUGUUUUAGGUGGAUUUGAUGUGUCAAACUAUGUAACAGAGAGAAAAUGGGCUGCUGCUUCUGAUGGAACUCAGAUCCCCAUGUCCGUUCUUUACAGAAAAGAUAUGGUGAAGCUUGAUGGCUCAGACCCCAUGCUGCUAUAUGGAUAUGGCUCGUAUGAGAUAUGCAUCGACCCGACUUUCAGGGGAUCAAGAUUCUCUCUGGUGGACAGGGGUUUUGUAUACGUGAUAGCUCAUAUCCGUGGAGGUGGUGAAAUGGGCCGGAAUUGGUAUGAAGAUGGAAAGCUGUUGAAGAAGAAAAACACUUUCACUGAUUUCAUUGCCUGUGCUGAGCACUUGAUAGAAAACAAGUACUGUACGAAAGAAAAGCUUUGCAUCAACGGAAGAAGUGCAGGUGGCCUGUUGAUGGGUGCUGUCCUAAAUAUGAGGCCCGACUUAUUCAAGGCAGCUGUUGCUGGGGUGCCUUUUGUCGAUGUUCUCACAACUAUGCUUGACCCAACUAUCCCGUUGACUACAGCUGAAUGGGAGGAGUGGGGUGAUCCAAGGAAAGAAGAAUACUACUAUUACAUGAAAUCUUAUUCUCCUGUUGAUAACGUAAAAGCACAAGACUAUCCCCACAUUCUCGUUACUGCUGGCUUAAAUGAUCCUCGUGUGAUGUACUCGGAGCCUGCCAAGUUCGUGGCGAAGCUGAGGGAGCUCAAGACAGACGACAACCUCCUGCUGUUCAAGUGCGAGCUCGGCGCCGGGCACUUCUCCAAGUCGGGGAGGUUUGAGAAGUUGCGAGAAGACGCCUUCACCUACGCAUUCAUCCUCAAGGCGCUGGGCAUGAUGACUCCAACAACAGCUUCUUCGCUGUGACGUGCGCACAUAUCUGUCGUCGCCGUCAGUAACUGCAUGGAUUUCAUUUUUUAGACACUUCUUCUGAUUUGCCCAAAAUGGUGGGUAAGAAAGGAAGCCAUAUGAAUUAGUUGUGGCCUGUGAUGUGAGGGAGUGGACUAGCAACUGAACCUUUGACACUGUUGUUUAGCAAGAAUGGGAGGAGCGAUCCUUUGUUUCGGUA